AUGUACGAUGCCUCUACAGACCCGGAGGACCACCUUUCGGUCUUCUUGACGCAUAUGCGCCUGCAAACCACCGCGGAUGAGGUCCGCUGCAAGACCUUCCCUAUGUUCCUAAAGGGGAAGGCACGGCUCUGGUUCCAGGGGCUGAAACCGGGGUCUAUACGGAGCUUUCCUGAGCUGGCCCGGCAGUUUGCAGCCCAGUUCGUCUCCUCGAAGGUCUACGCGAGGAACGCAACUCACCUGAUGUCCAUCAGACAGAGGCCCGAUGAGUCGCUGAGGAAUUUCAUGACCCGUUUCAACGCGGAGAGCCUGCAGGGUAGAGGAGCUCUUCUACGACCUGGCCAAGAAGCCUCCGUAAACCUGGAGGAGCUCUUACGCAGGGCGCAUGAGGCCGCUAAUGCGGAGGAGGCAGGUCGUCUGAAGAAAGAAUCAGAUCGGGAGCUAGGAGAUCGGAAAGAUCGGAAAACCCCCCAGAGGCAAGGGUCCCGCCAAGAGAAACGUCUUCGACCGGCUCUCGAAGGAGAAGACCCCUGCUCUGCCACCACUCCCAGAGAAGACCUACACCCCUCUAACACGGCCCAGAACCCAGAUCUUGGUGGUUAUGAGGCGGAAGGACUGGGAGAUAGGCCGCCCAAGAUGGGGAAGCCCGGAACAAAAGGAACCAGGAAAGGUACAGCGCCUUUCACCGCGACUCGGGCACGACACGGAGGGAUGCUGGGCCCUGCGUAA